AAGAAGUCGUCCGAAGAGAAGCCGACGUCGACUAUAAUAAGUAUUGAAGAGAGCAUCUCAACAGUCGUGGCCAACACUUACAGUCCAUCGUCGACAUCAGUAGCGUCUGAGCACCACUGGUCACCCGCACCCAUACGUCUGCCCUCACCCACACAUAAGUCAUCCCAAUUGCAAACAGUGUUAUCCCCGAAACCACCCAAACAUACACAACCCGUGCGUCCAAAGUGUGGAAUGUGUGACAACAGAGCCGGUGAUGACAACGAGUUGAUCACGUGUUCGCUGUGCGGCAUAUCGGGCCACGCCAUCAGUUGUCUCAACUGUUCCCAACAAUUACUUAAACGAAUUAAAGAGAGCUCCCGAUGGGAGUGUCCCAACUGCAAGAAGUGCGGCAUCUGUGGUGAGCCCGACAUCGACCUCGUCAUAUGCAUCGUCUGCGACCGCGGCUAUCACUCCCAGUGUAUUAAACUUCCCAACAAUUUCACGGUGUCGAAAUACAUCUGCGAAGACUGUAAACCCAAACCUGUGGUGAAGACAUCGACGAAGAAGGCAUCGCACAGUGUGUCCACUGUUUCGGUCCACACGAAGGCUGAGAAGCGGUUUGUGGCCGAAGAGUUGACAUCUAUUAAGCCAUUGAAGGGUCAAAGGGUUGCCAAAAGCGCGACACAACUGAAGGCCGAGAAGUUGAGGAAAAACGCAGAAAAGGCACGAAAACAGAGGGAAAGGAGGGCUGCGAUGAGACUUCGGGCGGAAGCCAUCAAACACAAGACUACCACUAAAGCAAAACCCUCUAAACCGACGGAAAGCACCGCAAAGUCAGUGAAA